AUGUUGAGAAUACGGCCUGUUUUGUUGGCGUUAUUGGUGGCGGCGUACGUACGGCGAUCGGGGGCCAACACGCCGGCCAACUGUACGUACGAAGAGAUUGUGGGUGUUUGGCGGUUCUCGGAGUCCAGUCAGACCGCCGACCGUAUGGAGGUGUGCGACAAUGGGACAAUUUUCGUCAACAACGUGACGGUUGAGCUCCAGUACCCCAACAUCGCCGUAGACGAGUUUGGCCAUAAAGGCACCUGGACUAUGGUCUACAACCAGGGUUUCGAGGUGACGGUCGCCGACCGAAAGUAUUACGCCUUUUCUGAUUAUAAGAUCGUGUCGUAUGUGGUGACCAGUCUGUGCGACCGAACCAAACCCGGCUGGUCACAUGACAUUGAAGGCAAAAAAUGGGCCUGUUACCAGGGUACACGUGUCAAAGGGCCGUUUGUAGGGGCCAAUCGCACACAUACCAUUGCCGAUAGCCUCGCGCUCGACCAUGACGUGUUUCGCCAGGACCCGGCUAUUAUUAACGAGAUUAACGCCGUACAAAACUCGUGGACCGCCAAACACUACCCCCAGUUCGAGGGCAUACCGUUAACAGAUAUGCACCGCCUUCACGGCGGACCAGCCUCUACUAUCUAUAGUUAUCCAACACCGGCCGAUGUAACCCAGGAGGUACGCCGCGUGGCGGAUACCCUACCGGAGCAGUUUGACUGGCGAAACGUGAGCGGGGUAAACUACGUCACAUCAGUCAAGUAUCAGGGUUACUGCGGCAGUUGUUACGCGUACGGCUCCAUCGGCAUGAUUGAGGCCCGUAUUAAAGUGCUCACAAACAACACACUGACCCUCGACCUAUCGGAACAGGAUGUGGUCCAGUGUUCCCAUUAUAGCCAGGCCUGUGAAGGAGGUUUCCCAUACUUGAUUGCCGGCAAAUACGGACAGGACUACGGUUUCACCACCGAUGACCCAUAUCUAGAGUGCACGCCGGACACAAAACGCUACUACACGGCUCGGUAUGGCUAUGUUGGCGGCUAUUACGGGGGGUGUAACGAGCCGCUGAUGCGCGCGGCACUCGUCCGGGACGGGCCGCUCACGGUGUCCGUCAAAAUGGCACUGUCGGACGACUUUGUGUCCUACGGGUCCGGCAUAUACGGGCCGACCGGUGUCCGGCAUCGGCGCCCGAACGGCGAGUAUAAUCCGUGGAUCGAAGUGAACCAUUCGGUGCUAAUCGUGGGCUACGGAUCGGACGCCCAGACAAACAAAACCUAUUGGAUCGUGAAAAAUAGUUGGGGCGACUGGUGGGGCGAUAAGGGAUAUUUUAAGGUCGACCGGGGUGUGAACGCCAUGGGCAUCGAAAGUAUAGCCGUGGAGGCCAUACCGGUUCCCAUUCCCAAGUAG